AUGCCCAAGGACACAAAGGUGGUUGUCCGCUACGGACCGUAUGAGUCAAAUGGACUGGUGGAGCACAGAACGUCUCGUCUCCAAGGUCUCCAGGUCGCGCUGAGAGAGCAUGGGCAUCAGUGCGUCUUAGAGGAGACGCAUGACUGGAACAUGGCGGAGCUGGUGGUCAAUGGAGAGUCCGUCUACACCUGCACUAUAAAACAACUCGAGUUUGGUGGAGACGGUAAGCUGGACCCUGUCUGUGAGGAAGCUGUCAAUGCCGUGGAGAAUGCUCACUGA